AUGACCAGCUUGACCAACCUCAUCAAUUCAUCUGCCCGCCCCCCCCUCAAACGUCGCCUCCACAUCCUCAUCGCAUCUCUCAUCGUCCUGACCUUCAUCCUCAUCAUCGCCCGUCUAGCAACCCCAGGCACACCAGCAACUCGCACCAAUAUCUGGGGUAUAGCAGUGUGCCUUAAAGCCGCCCUCUUCCUCACCUACCAAAUCCUAACAACCUACAAAGCCCGCUUCAAGCGAUGGGCCAGUCUCAAAGCCAACAUGGUACUAGAUAUCAUCGACACGGUAUUUUGGUUCGCUUUGUUUAUUAUCAGUAUUAUGGGCGCGAGCGGCGGACGUAGUGUCGCCAGUAAGGCGUUGGGUGCUGUCGUGGCUAUUUUGGCGUUGGUGUUGUGGUGA